UGCUAGUCCCGGACUCCCGGGUGAAGAUGGCGACUCUGAGGAGCGGAAUUGGAGCAUUGAGGCUGCUCCUUCCUCUAGCCCAAAAUAAUGCUUCAAGAAACGCGUCCAUGAAGCAGCUGGUCUCCAGGUUUUCCACCUUCAACCUUUGCCAUGUUCCAUCUCCGACUAUUUCUUCAGUAACCAAAUUGAGAUCAACUAUGGAGCAUAAAUUUAUUUGUGCACAUAAACUUGCUGUUCUCAAAAGUGUGACUCCUCAGCUUCCCAGUUUUCAACAGCCUGUAAGAACCCUAACCUAUUGUAGCAUCGGCAAAGGAAAGCGUAAAACAGUGAAAUCUGUUGUCAAAAGAUUCCUGCGGCUACAUUGUGGACUAUGGGUGCGAAGGAAGGCAGGUUAUAAGAAAAAACUUUGGAAAAAGAGACCUGCUAGAAAAAGGCGACUUAGAGAACAUGUCUUCUGCAACAAAACCCAAAGCAAGAUGCUGGACAAAAUGACCACUGAUUUCUGGAAAAGGCGGAACUGGUAUGUGAAUGAUCCAUACCAGAUGUACCACGAUCGAACAAACCUGAAGGUUUGAAUAUCUGUGACACUUAUGCCAAAAUCUGCAACUUGUGGCUUUGUUCCUGGAGCAGAAAUAGCAGCUGCUGUACUGAGCAUCCUUGGAGCUUGAUGGAGACCAACCUUAAAAUCAUUGACAUUGUGAAUGCUGAAAAGCUGGAAAAGAUGGUUUUUUUGUCCUUUGUUUCAUGCAUGUCUGUAUUUAAUGUAAUAAACUUCCCAACAAUACAACAAUGUCAUUUCUUACUAUUUUUGGGGGGAUCUGGCACUUUCAGCAUCUUUGGGACAUUCCCUAACAAAAGUCGCAGAAGAUUUUUACUGAGGUCCGUGUCUGGUUGUUCAGUAGCAAAGAAACUAGGGCUAAAAAAUACAAGGGAAAAUGGGUCCUCAGCUUUCCAGCCCAAUACCUUCAGAUUCCCUCAAUUUUCUCACUUCUGUUUCUUAAAUAUCCUCAAUAUCCAACGUCAUGGCAAGCUUAGUCAGUGCCUUCUCCUUUAGUUGGAUGUUAUGUUAAGUUUGUAUGAUUGUGCACACUUUAAUCGUCUUUAAAUACUUCACCAUCACAUGGUGGGCAUUCUGUGUUGAUGAUAUAUCAACUUGACGAGCAUUGUGGGUCUGCUAUUUUGGUACCGGAUUGAGUGUUUUGAUGCAACUGAUGCAUUUCACUCUGUUU